UCACUCACGCAGCCCGCCCAAUGGCAGCAGCGGGGCAGGCGGCGCGGGGCGGGGCCUGGGACGCCGUGCGCCGCAGCUUGUGGCGUCAGUGCGCCCGCUGUGUCCAUGGAGAGAGGUUGAGGUGUCUGAGCUCCGGCCCAAGGCACCGGGCGCCGGGACGGCGACGAUGUCGGCCUCGUUGGUCCGGGCCACUGUCCGGGCCGUGAGCAAGAGGAAGCUGCAGCCCACCCGGGCCGCCCUCACUCUGACACCUUCAGCAGUAAACAAGAUAAAACAACUCCUUAGAGAUAAGCCUGAACAUGUAGGUGUGAAGGUUGGUGUCCGAACCAGGGGCUGUAAUGGCCUUUCUUACACUCUGGAAUAUACAAAGACAAAAGGAGAUUCUGAUGAAGAAGUUGUUCAGGAUGGCGUCAGAGUGUUCAUCGAAAAGAAAGCACAGCUCACACUUUUAGGAACAGAGAUGGACUAUGUUGAAGACAAAUUAUCCAGCGAAUUUGUCUUCAACAACCCAAACAUCAAAGGAACUUGUGGCUGUGGAGAAAGCUUUAAUAUUUGAAACCUCAGGACUGCUCUGGGUAUAAGCUCCAGGAAAGCUCUCGGAAGCCAUGGAGGUUACUGAAGAGAUCAUGUGAACGUCAUGUGACUGUCUCAAGGUUUAUGAUGUGUGGCUGCCUUGUGGAGAGAAUAAAGUGAUGCAUUUUGAAAACAAAGUU